UUCGCGAAAGGAUCGUUUCGACACACUUGCCAAGAGUGUGUUUUUUUCUUCUUCUCUGUACUAGUGUGUGUGUGUGUGCGAUUGUGAAUAGUUGAAUUUGUUCCUCGCGAAAACGGAAAGUUCUCCGGUGUCCAGUGCAGUUGGACAAGUCUUCUAUCAAAAGCAAAAAGGGAAAAAAUAAACCUCACCACCCGCCCAGAACGGUAUCAAAUUUUGCCAACAAGGCAUCAACACCACAUCCGGUUGAAAUAGACGACAGCGAGCGAAAGCUACAUCGGUGGGUUGAGGGCUGGCAACUCUCAACUCGAUUCGGGGCGUUAUCUAAAGCGUUAAAAUUUCAGUAGAAUUAAACGGUGAAUUUAUCUCACUAUCUCGAUGGCACAAACAACUGAGUUCGUCAACGAAUGCCGCUCAUGGCGAGAAAUCCUGUCGGCGAAGUCGUCCGUCGGCCGCGGUGCCGUUGGACGACCAUCGGGCGGAAGAAACGAUCUGCUUUUACGGAGGCCUAGUCAACCGAAGCAUUCGGAACACUAUGUCGUCGCUGGAGGAGUCGCCGCCCGGUUUGCUGUCACCGUCGCCCACACCAACGGUUGGCGAUCUCGCGAAGGAGCUGCUGUUGCCGAGUUCGCCGGCAGUACCGGAGCUGGUAGACGACGAUACGACCACGGCCUGGAUGAAUACGACUACGAUGCUGGAGAGCUGUUCGCCCAUCCCACCAGAACCGCCGGCGCUACACGCUCCCUGGUGGUCGGUGGUGCAAAGCGACAGCGCCUUUCCGACGCUGCCCGAGGACGGCUGCGACGUUCGGGUGCUGGUGCCCGGGAAGGGCCGGGUGGACGUGGGGCGCAACCGCGUUACAACAGGUGAACGGUGUCUGGGGGAUGCGCGAACGACAGCAGCGGAUGUCUGCCGGAUUGAAUUUGACACAACUACAAGUUUCAGUGGUGCUGAAACGAGCGUAACUGUACACGACGUAUGUAAUAAGACCAUCAGAAGCAGCAGCAGCAGCAGCGGAAACGACAGUAACCGCGGCUGCGGCGGCCAGUUUUCUAGCGGAGCACGAAGCCAUGUGGCCUCGGGUAGCUGCAACGGUAACGGCACCGUUGCAGCCGCUUCUCCGUCGGGUGCCGCUGGGCAGCAACAGCCCCAGCAGCACCAGUCAAACUCCCCCAAGAAACCGUGUGACUACAGUAGCAUUAGCGAUAGCAGUAAUAGUAAUAGAGGUGGUACCGUCUACAGCAGGGCGCCUGGUAGCAGGCCGCCGUUUGCGGCCUCCACCAUCAACGCACCAGCGCCAGCGGCAGUCGGCACAGGUGGCCACACGUUGGUCACCGUACCGACACCAACACUACCGGACAUCGACUGGACGAACGAGACGUGUCUUGCGGGCGGACUCGACUUCACCAACACCAUCGUAGACGAUCCGCGCCACCUGUGGCUAAGCUCACCGACCGCCAGCAGUAGCAGCAGUAACAUCACCGAUACCGAGCUGGACCGCACCCUGGCCGUGUACCACCGUGCGGUGCGGGGCCAGUCGAAACCGAACGAGACGCGUAGCGACUGUGCGGAUCUGCUCGACGAACUGCACGUGCAGCUGACCGACCCGCCACUCACAAUCAACUCGCCCGUCUCGCUGCAUGAAGAAAUCGAACAGCUGUCCAGUGCGUUCGACUGUGACGCCUCCAACCAUCUCGUGUCGACCGGUACACCGGCCACCGCCACACAUCCGUUCGUCGGCCUAACGAUGGACGAAACCGAACCGAUAACGCUCAACAUACUCAAGUGGCUGCAGGAGGACAUCUCCUCCAACAGCGGUCCGACCGGGUCGGAACUGUGUUCCACAUCGUCGGAGCUCGUCGGAAGCCUACUCGUUGAUACCACCGGUGCGGUGACCCAACUUUUCGAACCCAGUCAACCAAUCUCGGCACACCCGAACAGGUUCGAGCAGAGCCUCGAUCAGAUCCACAACAUCACCGGUUUAACACGCGGCAUCGGCAAAACGACAACCACCACAGCGAACCGACGUAUCGGUGACAGCGCUACUACUGCAACCGCUAACUCUACUACGACCGCGACAACGACGACGACAACCUCGACAACGAACCAAUCACAACGCGAUCACAACUACUACGCCAUGAAGCGACGCAUGCAGGAGGAGGACAGUGUGCGUGAGGGUACGCCUACCAAAGUGUCCAAACUGCUGCAACCCAUCGGUGCUGGUUGGAUGACAAAUGAUGCAAAAUUCUCCACACCUUCCACAUCCGGUCUGCAGACUACAGCAGGUAGUAAGCAGCAACACCUGCACGCCAAAACAUCGGCCACCAUUACUGUUGCCGGUUCGAUGGGACGAAAGCUUUCCCUGGCUAAUCGCAAAGCGACGAAACUUGCUGUUAAUGUAGCACCGAGGGUAAACCUGCCUGCCGGUGCUCCAGCAGUAGUUGUACAGCAACAACCAUCAUCUACUAUUAAUGGACACACGGUGACGACCUCUACUAUAACUACCCACGCAACCUCACUCAACACACCGGACCUUACCAACGACAUUUUGGAUUUGGAAGAUGAAAAGUUUGAUCUUCUGUCAUUCAUCGACACCAAUGACGACGCAUUAGAAUUUAGCACUUACAGCUCGACGGUAGAGGAGAAACCCACACUAGAUCUACUAGCGCCCACGCCCUCCGUCACAUCCACGGUACGUCACAAAACACCCGCGGAUGAAGGCGAACGGUCGCGACCCUCCUCCUCGAAAGCGGCGCUCGGCACCAGCGGCAAUAACAGCAGCAAGGGUGAGGCCGAGAAGCAAAUAUUCCACCUGCUAACACUGGACAGCCUCCGUCAGCUGACGGGCGGUUCGGACGAGUCGACGUCCCGUGCGGCCAUCGCCACCGGCAGUCGACGCACCAACACCAGCAGUGCGUGCAGCUUAGGCUCCCGCUCGUCCGCAUCGUCCGUCUGCGGGGAUUCCAGCUCGGACGUAUCGUCCAGCACCAAGGCACCGAAGCGCCGGGGCCGACCACCGAAGGUGGCCAGCACGGUACGGGAUCGCUCGCAGUACCAGCAUCUGAGCGAGGCCGACUGGCGAUACCGGGAGCAGCGGGACAAAAACAACGAGGCGUCGCGGAAAUCGCGCAUCAACCGGAAGGAUCGCGAGUUGAAGCUCGAGAUGGAGGCGGACCAGUUGAGCGCCGAGCACCAGAAGCUUUCCUACGAGGAUCGUCGCCUGCAGCAGGAAUGCCAACGGUGGCGCAGGGCGGUCAUGAAGCUGGCACUGCUGUAAAACCUCCGACACGUCCGACACCCUUCCCAUUCAUAUCUCCCGUAGCGCGUAGAGUGUUUUAGUGUUUAAGACAUUUUGGGGAGUUUUAGCAACUACUAUUGAUUUUAUCACUAACCUUAGACAACUAACAUAGAUAUCGUAUAUGCCGCACAUUAUAAACCUAACACGCAAGAUGUAUACGCGAAUGAUGAUGAAGAUUUUCUUAAACUGCUCUGCUCAGUUGACGUGACUAUCAACAGACAAAGGUUGCUGGUCCGUUUACACAAAAUGGCGGCCCAUGCCAUUGCAUUCUGAACCAGCUGUUGCUCUUGGUCGAACUCUAUUAUUAUUUUAAUUUGCUUUUUUUUAACAACUUUUUAUUUGUUUCUGCCACCCUCACCGAUAGGACGUCACAAACAAUUUCUUUGUUUUUUUUUCUUUUCCUUCUCAACCUCUAUGAGGAGAUGUACAACUUAGUACCACUGUCGAAUAGAAGCGUAUUGUGUUGAUUGAUAUUGUACAUGUUUAUACAUUAUUUGUUGCAAAUUUAUUGAUUUUCAUUUUUUUUUUUCAAAUAACGUCGGUGGUGGUUUUUAAAUAUGUACUUCUUGGCGCACAUAACACCUUACACUAAUUGUACCGUCGUCAUGUAACGCAAUUAAGCACUAGUAAUUCUAGAUGUUUUUUUUAAUGGACGAAAAAUAACGUACAAAAAAUGUUAUAACUGUAUUUGCUUGUAGCGGUUAGCACUAGAACUACCGAGUGUCAUAACCAGGCAAUGAGACUGGCCCGGCAGUUCCAGUGUUAAAAGAGACGACGAGCUAUAAAUAUAUGUGCAAACACUGUUUUUAAAUCUUGAUGUCAAUAAAAAGGCAGCAUUGCUGCGA